CAGAGCUCGAUCGAGCCAGUCGAGGCAAGCCAUCAUUCAUGCAUUUCGUCAUACAGAUAUCGCCGAGGAUACAUUUUCUCCGACAAGUUGGAUUUCGCAGUAGCGUACGAAUCGAAUUUUGACUCGACUACAGUCGGUAGUGUUUGUUGAUAACAGCUAGCAGUGGCAUUGAGCGCAAGGAGACAGGAAAGAAAUAGCCCCUGAGUGAUCAUUGAUAUAUCAUCACUGAUUCGAGUGAUCGAAUUCCGGACCGGGGUCCCCGGCACCCCCACUUUUCCGCGAUCAAGAACGUUUCCAGGACGGAUCUCUGCCAGUUGAAGGCCAACGUAACUGAACGCGGCCUGGUCAGCGUGGAGAGACCGACCGUUCACUAAUGCACCUCUCCACCCUCUUGCUACCUCUCGUGCUGUUUCUCUGGCACGCGUCAUUCACCCACGCACAACUUCGUCUCGGAAACUUGACGGGCGUGCUGCCCCAAUGCACGACGCAGUGCACUGAUUAUGAUGUUAUGACCACUGAAUGCAACAACGUCGGGAUCUACCAGAUCACAUACAUCUACUGCGAAUGCAGCGCAAAUAGCUUGCAAAUCGUGCAAGACUGCUUCAACUGUCAGGCCGUCAACGCGACACAGCAGAAAACGAUGCAAGGGCUUCUAGAUGAUCUCGUAAACACAUGUAACGACAAGACCGCCGCGCCUGCCUCGACUCUGACCGUGUCUCCGCUGCAAAUAAGCCCUAGCGCUAGUGCCAGUGCGGGAGCUCAAACUGGCCAUGCCGCAUCUCUGAAGCAGGUGCACAUCGCCGGGUUCGCUGCUGUAUCGGCUGUUCUUGCAGGUGUCGGGUUCUUGUAUUUCCAGCUGUAGACCCACAUGGACCUUUUUAACAUAUGUUAUUGUCGCUGGGAUAUACACGACAUUCUAUUCUUGCA